CUGAUCGACUCAUUUGCUUGGGAAAUUGGCACACUGAAGAAGGAAAUGGGGAAAAAGACUGAACCUGCAGAAGGAGACCACAAGACGGAUACACUCCUUGGAUUGCAGUAAAAAAGAAAGGCUGGGUGAAGAGGUAGGAGGUCUCUUCCUGCAGGCUUCACCUUGUUCUGGGAUGGGAGCGGGGCUGCCUGGAGCCAGAGAUUCAGGCUAUGACUCCCUCCACCGACGGCUCAGUGUUCUGGACAGACUGGUGCAUACACAUGCCGUGUGGCUACAGCUGGGCCUCAGCCACCAGGAUGCCACACAUAUCCUGCAGAGCCGGCCCACUGGGACAUUCGUGGUGAGGAAGUCAACCAGUCUGCAGAAGAAAGUAAUAUCUCUACGCAUGGACAAAAACUGCGCAGUUCCUGUCAAAGACUUUCCUGUGAAAGAGAGCCAGUACACUUUCUCUUUGGAGGGAUCAGGCCUGAGCUUUGCAGACCUUUUCCGUCUGGUGGCAUUCUGCUGCAUAAGCAGGGAUGUGUUGCCCUUCACUCUGAAGCUUCCAGAGGCCAUCGCUUCAGCCAGGACGUCUGCUGAUCUCGAGGAGGUUGCUAAACUUGGAGCAGGCUUCUGGGAUGCUCAGUUGUGUCACAGGAGGAAGGGCUCAGUCUCCUUGUCAGGAAUAGCUGCUCCUGACAGACCACCUCCCCCUGCCCAGAGACCAGUCUCCUUGGCAACCAUCCCAGGGCGCCCUCACCUUAGAACUCGCACCCCAUCUGAGCUCGAGUGUUGCCAGUCCAACGGAGCUCUUUGCUUCAUCAACCCCCUCUUCAUAAAGGUUCACCAACCAGACGGCGACGACAGCUCUACUUCAAAUCUCCCGGGCACAGCAAAGCAAGGCCUGAGGGAAGAACCCAUUAGCAACAGCCUAGAAACCAACAACAAGGACACUCAACACUCGGGUCCUCAGGUUUGUUGCUCAGAUCACAGUGACAGCAGCCAGUCAGGUCAGAGCAACCUGCAGAGCCUUGGCAGAACUGCAGAGCUACAGGACGAUAACAGUGAAACUGGCAGCAGCAGUCAGAAGCUCAGUGUGGCAGACACUGUUUCGCGGUCCCCACCUCCUCGUCCACCCCCACCUCGCUUUGCGCCACGACGCUCAGCCCCUCCUCUCCGAAAGCGCAGUAUGCCCGAGAAAAUCCCUUGGAUCAAUGUCCCCAAGGACAAGGGGGAAGAGAGGGAGAGGGGCAGCAGCCUCCUUUCUCGUCUGGGCUCCUCGCUAAGCAUCAGCCCCUCAUCCUCCCCUCCCAAGAGACUCAGCAUCAGCUCCCCCAUAUCCAUCCCCCGGCCGUCCCUGCCCAUCUCUCUGUCAUCUCUCUCCUCCUCCCCACGUCGGUCCAAGGCGUCACCAUCAUCCAGCCAGGAGGAUGCCCAGUGCCACUUGGCGCUAGAGGACCAGACCAUUGAAAAAGCCCUUAUUAGGGCCAAACUGUCCAGGCGUAAUCUUACCAGAACCCCCGCCCAGGACUCCAGCAGUCCUCCAGACCCUUCACUGAUUACAACAGGCAAACAGGCAGAGGUGACAGGAGGGGAAGAGGAAGCAGUCGAAGAAUGCAGUGGUGGCGGCCAGCGGCUGAGUGACAUGAGCAUUUCCACAGAUUCCUCAGACUCUCUGGAUUUCUCUCAGUCCUCAGCCUUCUUUCUUCCUCCUCUCCAUGACCCCAGCCCCCCCACUGUGGCUGACUUCAACACCCACCUCCCCCUCUCCCUCCCACCAUCCCACCUACCUUACUGCAGCAUGGAAGAGGACGACGACGAUGAGGACGAUGAGGACGAAGAGGAGCCUGACUAUGGUGUGAGUCUUGAGAGUGACCAGGACCAAGACCAGGACCUGACCAUGGUGCCUCCGGGCCACCGCACAAAGCGUCGCCCCAGUGCCAGCGCUUUGGUCCUGCAGAAUGCCCUGCGAGGGCACCUACGCAAGAUGAGCGGUGUUUUCAACUCGCUGCUGACACCUGAGAAGAGGGCGAUCCGCAGGGUGUUGGAGCUGUCCAGGGAUAAAGGCUCGUACUUCGGCUCCCUGGUGCAGGACUACCUAAGCUACAUGGGCGAGGGUGCAGGAACCCAGGCUUGGCAGGGCUACGCCUCUGGACUGGAGCUGCUGCAGACUCUGCGGCAGUUUAUCACACAGAUGAAGAGCUAUCUGCGACAGAGCUCCGAGCUGGAGCCUCCAAUCGAGAGCCUCAUUCCCGAAGACCAGAUCGACCGAGUCCUGGAGAAGGCCAUGCACAAGUGCGUCCUGAAGCCCCUCAAACCGGUGGUGAGCGUGGCCCUGCAGGAGUUCCAGGUGCGCAGCGGGGCGUGGCAGGAGCUGAAGGAGAACCUGUCGUUGGCCAAGGCCCGGCAGCCACAGGAAAUGGGCGUGGCCGACGCGCUUCCCCCGGACCCUGUGGCCAUAGAGAAGAUCAAGCACAAGUUCCACACCAUGAGUAAACUGUAUUCCCCUGAGAAGAAGGUCACCAUGCUGCUGAGAGUCUGCAAACUCAUCUACACCAUCAUGGAGGACAAUUCAGGCCGUCUGUAUGGUGCUGAUGACUUCCUGCCCAUGCUGACCUACGUGUUGGCGCAGUGCGACAUGCCCCAGCUGGACAAUGAGAUUCUCUACAUGAUGGAGCUGCUGGACCCCUCACUGCUCCACGGAGAAGGUGGCUACUACCUGACCAGCGCCUAUGGAGCCAUGUCCCUGAUCAGAAACUUCCAGGAGGAGCAGGCAGCCAGAGUGCUGAGCUCUGAAACCAGGGACACACUCCACCAGUGGCACCGCCGACGCACUACACAGCGCUCCGCCCCGUCCAUUGAUGACUUCCAGAACUACCUGCGGGUGGCGCUGCAGGAGCUGGACAGCGGCUGCACGGCCAAGACCCUUCAGGUCCGACCUUACGCCACCGUGGAGGAGGUGUGCCAGCUGUGCGCCUACAAGUUUAAAGUGCCAGACCCCGAGAACUACGGCUUGUUCCUGCUGAUGGAGGGCAGCAGCCAACAGCUGGCGCCGGACAACCACCCUCAGAAGAUCAAGGCAGAGCUCCACAGCCGCUCGCAGGCCACCCCCUUCCACUUCGUCUUCCGCCGCAUCUCCCCCAGCGACACCUCGCCUUCGGCUCCCCUUGACCCCACACCAAACCUCAACGACCUCACCGUGACCUCUGACGCCCAGGCCAACCUGAAUGAGCUCAGCACGGACCUGUCAGCCCCGACCCCCCAGCCCGCUCUCAGCACGGGCCUCAGUCCUGCUCUGAGCCUCAGCCUGCCGCCCAGCCACCUCAGUGGCGACUCCAUAUCCAUAUGACUGCAGCAGGGGGGCCGACUGAAACUUUGAACGGGCUCUUUGUGUCCCGGCUGUGACAGUAUCGCCCAUUAUCUCGAACAAACGUGGUUCCGUGAGAGCGUAAAUGGUAAGCAUGUUGACAACUGGGCCAAACGCUGUGCCAGUCUUUACAGAGCCUGACUUCUCCUUUUGAUGGCACGUCUGUCUCAGUCAGCAUCCCCUCGCUGGAAAGUUCUGUCUGACAGACGCGGGUGAAAGAGGAAAAAAAGAAAGCAGGGAAGGAAGUGAGAGACAUGGAGCUAUUUUUCUUUAUACAUCCUCGGCUCUAGAUUUGGCUUCAGAGUUUUCAAAGUCUACUCACAUAGUUAAUGUUGGAGGUAGUGUAAAGACCACACGAACACUUAAGUGUGUUCACAGUCCUGCCUUAAUGCUGGAGCUUCAGGGUAAACCUUUAGGGUGCAUAGAGGGAAAUCAGAUCUCAGACAGACGAGAGACUAAUGUUUGAUCAAUCACUUUAAAUACACAACAGAUUUAUUUAGAAGAUAGCUACGACUAUGAUUUACUUGUUACAGUUGCUGGUAAACUGUGUUUUUUAUGUUGUUUGUGUUUUUAAACUCUUAAUCCUUCAGAUUGUUUUUAUGUUUUGAUGGGUUUGGGGACACCCAGUGGCGGCCAGUGCACACAGCAAUGUAAUAUAUACUGCAAUAUAUAUGUUUUUGCCUGCCUGCCUUUUCUGUAUUGACUCCCAUUAGUGGAUAAUCCAUUAUAUUAAGUCUAUGCUGUGAUAAUCUCUAUCAACAAAAAACAACAACAA